AGAAAUUUUGAUAUCGAUUUAUGAAAUCUUUGUCACCAGGAAAUAUUUAUUUAUUUGUUUACUUACACCCGCAUGGUCAAAUAAUUUCGGUUGAAAUAUGCAUGCAUUGAUGCCGAAAAAUUUUCGAUGAGAGCUUUUCCUAAAUUGGACAAAGUAUAGAAAAUAUGCAAUAAUACGUAAUUAUAGUCGUCUCAAUUUGUCGUAAAUGAAUGUGUACUAUCGACAAUAUUUUGUAGGUUGUGGUGGCCAUAUAAUAAUAUGCAUGUACAUAUACGGGUGAAAUAAUAAUGUAUCUAUCUGUCUUGGUAUGUAUGUACAUAGGUUCGUGUUCAAACUUGCUAAGUGGGCCAACAUGCGAUAAUGAAAUUACUGAAAUUUCAUACUUCCAAUUGCUUUAAAAUGAGAUAGACGCCGCAGUGUGUGUUGAGUAUUCUAUUGAAAUAUAUUUUAGCUUGAAAUAAGUUUAAUAAUAUAACAUGACUAAAGUGACACCCUUUCACAGUGUCCUAUUUUUGAUAUUAAUAUUUUACACCGAGUUUCCACCUUCCUUGGGAUUGGCGGACCAUGCAGCGUAUUUCAUACGAAAUGCACAAGACGAUUUGUGUAUCACAGUUGGACCAAUACUUAGCAGCGAAAAGGUGGAACUUUUUAAACGAGGUCUCACAAUUUCGUCAAAUUGUACAAAUAGUCAUGACCAGCAGUGGGUUAUCACGGGAAUAAGUGCGUUAUCAUAUGCGUCUGAAAUAAUCCUCACUUUGUGCAUGUAUGAAAUUUUCUCAGGCGAUUCGUUCGGUGUUAAAAGGAAAUAUAAGCUGAGAUCAUUCUACUCUCAGCUUUUGGAUAGGGACUUGAAUGCCCAGCUUCGUGGAGAGUUUAUCAUUUAUUUCCCAACUCAUGUCCAGUUCUUCUCAGUUGUUAAAAACAUGACGCAGUAUUAUGCCAUUUAUGACACUGGGGAUAAAAAGUGCUUGCAAAGCGAUGGCGACAACCACGUUUUACACGCAGCAGAUUGCAAUUUUCAAACCAAUCCGUCUCAACGCUGGAGUUUUAUUUUAGUCAAUCAAGCCCACGCUGCAGGUUCAAUUUGCAGCUCUUUUUGGUCCUGUAAUCAAUAAGAAGACGAUUUUGUUUUCAGUGAUUUAUUACUAAACAUGUCAACUUGUUGACAGCUCAUCUCACAGAUCGUGGUGUCUGUGAGUGAGAAAAUUAUAACUUUAAUGGUUCGGUUCAUCAGUUAAUAAUGCAGUUUGUGGAUGCUCAGAAUGUGCUUAUCUUCCCUUUUCCUGUGGAAAUGACGUCAAUGUGUUAAUGAGCUUUAGCUAAUAAGUUGCCCUGCUCAUUUCUUAAUCAAUACGGCCUUGUUGUUACAUGUGCGACAUUGAUGUGAUAUGCAUAAGUAAAAUUUAUCGAUUUCUUAAUGCGAGUUGUCUAAUUUAUGUAUCUGCAGGAUUCGAAUGGAAAGCUAAAUGCCAGAAAUUUCCUAUUUCGCUACAUAAAUGUGAAUCCAUACGAAUUUGAUAACUGGUAAAACCAAAAUGGUAUCAAUAUCCGACUUGCGACUAAAUAAGCUCUUGUCCUCUAAAUGUCCGAUAUUACCCAGUCCUGCCAUUGAAUCAAACGCUAAAAGAGACAUUAAACGCACAUUAUUAUCUAAAAUCCACGUGUUGUGAUAAAUGGGGACUCGAUUAAUACUGUUAACACCGUUCACACUUGAGACUUGAUGUCACAUCCUGUUGGAAUAUGAAUAAAAAUGAUAAUCACUUUAAUGCAUACAUUCUGAGUGUGAUAUCUACCUGCAUUGUAUUUAUCAAUAAUCCCGAUAAGGCACAAAUAAAUAAAAUUAUAAAUUGGAAAAUUAUUAAAAACUAU